CUGGCACUAGAAAGUAUUUAUGCUACUAUACAUGGUAUCGUGACGGGGCAAAUAAACCAGACAAAAGGUCAAAUCUACUUCCCUUUCAUGUAUACAUUAUUUAUAUUUAUAUUAGUAAAUAACUUAAUAGGACUAGUUCCUUAUGGUUUUGCAACUACUAGUCAUUUUAUAUUAACAUUUGCAUUAAGCUUUACAAUAGUGCUAGGGUCUACAAUUCUUAGUUUACAGAAACACGGUUUGAAGUUCUUUUCACUCUUUGUACCAUCUGGUUGUCCUUUAGCACUAUUACCUUUGUUAGUUUUAAUUGAAUUUAUUUCAUAUUUGGCUAGAAAUGUGUCAUUAGGAUUAAGAUUAGCUGCAAAUAUUUUAAGUGGUCAUAUGCUUCUAAACAUCCUUAGUGGAUUUACAUACAAAAUAAUGAUGUCAGGAUUCUUAUUUUUGAUACUAGGGUUAUUACCAUUAUCAUUUAUUAUAGCUUUUUCAGGUUUAGAGUUAGCUAUAGCAUUUAUUCAAGCCCAAGUUUUUGUCGUUUUAUCUUGUAGUUACAUUAAAGAUGGUCUAGAUUUACAUUAA